CUUCUCAACUGUGUUUCUGGUACGAACCCACGGUGGAGUACGAUGUGCACUGAAGCGAAUGUGUGUUAACAGCGUGCCAGAUCUCAACAUAUGCAAGAGAGAAAUUACAAUUAUGAAAGAGUUGUCUGGGCACAAGAAUAUUGUUGUCUAUUUGGAUUGCGCGGUUAAUUCUAUAAGUGAUAAUGUUUGGGAGGUACUCAUUCUCAUGGAGUAUUGUCGAGCUGGACAGGUUGUGAAUCAGAUGAAUCAGCGUCUGCAGACAGGCUUUACUGAAUCAGAAGUAAUGAGAAUAUUUUGUGAUACCUGCGAAGCCGUUGCCAGAUUGCAUCAGUGCAAAACUCCUAUAGUUCACCGGGAUCUAAAGGUGGAGAAUAUAUUAUUAAACGAUAGUGGAAAUUAUGUUCUCUGUGAUUUUGGCAGCGCCACUAAUAAAUUUCUAAAUCCUCAAAAAGAUGGUAUUAAUUUGGUUGAGGAAGAAAUUAAAAAGUAUACAACGCUCUCCUACAGAGCUCCUGAAAUGAUCAACCUGUAUGGAGGGAAACCAAUUACUACCAAGGCAGACAUCUGAGCACUUGGCUGCUUGCUGUAUAAACUUUGUUUCUUUUCGCUUCCCUUUGGAGAGAGUCAAGUUGCUAUUUGUGAUGGAAGUUUUACCAUUCCAGACAAUUCCCGAUACACUCACAAUAUGCACUGCUUGAUAAGGUAUAUGCUUGAACCAGAUCAAGAACAGAGACCAGAUAUCUUUCAAGUAUCUUUCUUUGCCUUUAAACUUGCCAAAAAGGAUUGUCCAGUGUCCAAUAUUAAUAAUUCUCCUGUCCCCUCAACUCUCCCUGAACCCAUGACAGCUAGUGAGGCAGCUGCUAGAAAAAGCCAAAUAAAAGCAAGAAUAACAGACACCGUUGGACCAACAGAAACCUCAAUUGCACCACGUCAAAGACCAAAGGCCAAUUCAAGCGCUGCUACUCCAAGCGUGCUGACGAUCCAGAGUUCAGCAACACCAGUCAAAGUACAAGUUCCUGGUGAAUUUGGUAAUCGUGGGCAAAAAGGAACCACGCGACCUGGAAAUGGGCAAGAAAUGUUAUUGCCCCAAGGGACCAAUCAGCCUCAUCCACAGCAGAACAGAGUUCUGCAGCAACUGCAACAGGGGGACUGGAGACUACAGCAGUUGCACCAUUUACAUCACCAGCAGCAGCAGCAACCUGUAAUUCAGGAUCCUUAUAUGCAGCAGUAUCAACAAAUAAUGCACCAGCAGAUGGUCCAGCAGCAGUUGUUGAUGCAGUCUAUGUACCAGCAGCAACCUUCUCAGUCUCAGUAUCCCGCUAUGGUGCAGCAAUAUCAGCAGGCUCUCAUACAGCAGCAGCUGCUUGCUCAGCAGCAACAGCAGUCAAAACAGGCACAAUCUCCUGAAUAUAUCACUUCUCCGCAAGAUUUCUCACCAGCCUUAAUCUCCUACCCUGCAUCGCUUCCAGUGCACGUUGGAACAGUAGUGGAUUCUGCUUAUACUGCAAGCAGGUCAGGUAGUGAUGCUGAGACCAUUUCCCAUUACCCAAAGCAGAGCAUCAAUAACCCACCUGAUAUGUCAGGCUGGAAUCCGUUUGGAGAGGACAAUUUUUCCAAGUUGACAGAGGAGGAGCUGCUGGACAGAGAAUUUGACCUGCUAAGAUCAAACAGACUGGUGGACAGGAGCUCAUCUUCAGAUAAGACUGUGGAGCCACAUUCUGUUCCACAGAACAAUCCUCCAGAAGAUCCCUUUGGUUCUGUUCCUUUCAUUUCUCACCCAGGUUCCCCAGGAAAACAAAUGGAUAACUCGGCCAGCGCUCGAGAGAUUAACUUAGGGAGCCCUACCAAGUCUGGAAAGCUGAGCCAUGCUUUUAGAGAUCCACGGCCAGGAAGGAAAACUGCAGAGGGACAAGUGAAAGGUGGCGAUGAGUCAGAGAGUGAUUUUGAAUCUGAUCCUCCUUCUCCAAAGAGCAGUGAGGAAGAGGAAGAGCAGGAGGAUGAGGAAGUGUUGCAAGGUGAGAAUGGAGACUUCAAUGAUGACAACGAUACAGAGCCGGAGAACUUAGGCCACCGGCCUCUCCUCAUGGACUCUGAGGAAGAGGAGGAGGAGGAAGAGAAGCAAAGCUCUGACUCGGACUUGGAUCGUAGCAAGCAAAAAUCCGUGGAAGGGCUCUCAAGCAGCAGAUUUAGAGAGGGCAUUGGCAGCAGCGAAAUUAAAGAAACCAGUUUAAUGCUCCCUUCCUUGUCUGAAGUGCCAAGUACUGUAACCAAGGUGAGCUCUGGCCAAGAAUUUGAUGUGUUUGGGGCUGUGCCCUUCUUUGCUCUUCAGCCUCAGCCACAAGGAAGAGAGAAGAGUAACCAAGAUGUCUCUUCUCAGGCUGCUUCUCCUGGCCUGAACCAAGAGCAGGAUGACUUUGAUGUCUUCACAAAAGCCCCGUUCAGCAAAAAGGUGGCUCAGCAAGAGGGCCAGGUGGUAGGAGCCGAGACUCAGCUCUCCCCUCUUUCUCCACGGGGUGUCGAUAUUUUUGGCUGCACCCCAUUCCAGCCUUCCCUUCUCCCAAACACUGGUGGAAGUAAAGAGGACCUCUUCGGACUCAUCCCUUUUGAAGAGAUCACAGGGAGUCAGCAGCAGCACAGGGUGAAACAACAGCGUAACCUGCAGAAGCUUUCGUCCCGCCAAAGGCGCAUGAAGCAGGAAGUGUCCAAGAACAAUGGCAAGCGCCACCACGGCACGCCAACCACCACAAAAAAGACUUUGAAACCAAGCUACCGCACUCCCGAGAGAGCCCGCAGGCACAAGAAGGCAGGUCGCAGGGACUCGCAGAGCAGCAACGAGUUCCUCACUAUCUCGGACUCCAAAGAGAACAUAAGCGUUUCUUUGACUGACAGCAAAGAUCGAACCAACCCUCUGCAGACGGACGAGAGUUUGCUGGAUCCUUUUGGAGCCAAACCCUUCCACCCCCCCGACUUGAUGCGUCAUCCCCAGCAUCAAGGUUUGGGUGACAACCGUGGGGAUCACGGUACUGUAGUAGUGGCUGGUAGACCUAGGCAGAGUUCCUUGCAUGGGGCCAUUCACAGUGGCGAUGGACUAAAAACAGAUGACUUUGGGGCAGUGCCUUUCACUGAACUGGUCGUGCAGAGUGCCCAGACCCAGCAGCAACAGGCGUUAGAGUUGGAUCCCUUUGGAGCAGCUCCGUUUCCUUCCAAGCAGUAGACGCUUCCCAUGGGGUUCCCCAGCCGCACCCAUCU